CGAAUAAUUUUGAAAAAAUAAUUUGCUUGCGACAAAAACUUCCUGUAGGCUCCAAGGAGGGCGUCCUUCCUUUGAUGGACCGAUGGAUCGUAUGGUCUCUUUGAAAGAAAUUCAGAAACACAACAAGGUGGACAACGCUUGGAUAGUGAUCGACGGGAAGGUAAAAACCACUGUAUAAUUUAGUUUAAAUAUUUAAAAUUUUUCCAAUUUUAGAGUUCGUUCCUCUCAAGAGAUUGUAAACUGAUCUCUUGUUCCUCUUUGGUAGCUUGCAUACGAAUUCAUCGCAUAUUGUAGGCUAACUCUUAGUCUUGAUUUUCCGUUUCAUCCUUAGCUCACUGUGAACUUUUAACUCGGAAUUUUGGUAGAGCUUGACUUUAAAUUUGGUGUAGAGACAUUCUUUCAAUCCUAGACGUUACCAAACCGAAAAAAGAGAUAAAAAAAUUGCAUCAUCCAUUUCAAAAGUGCGAUAGUUCACUCUGUACCAUGAUUUAGUUAUGGGCUGAACACAGUUGUGUAAGAUUGACCUUCAUUAGUUGUUUGGUGCUUUUGGCCUCCAGAAAUAAGACUUGCAUUGAAGGCAUUGGAAAUGACAGGUGUGCUGAAAUCUUUCUGCCAUCUAGUUUUCAAAGAAUCCUCUGGGAGAUUUCAGAGUCCUUUUAAACAGAGUACCAAUUUUGUAAUCACAGUAGGUUGUUUUAGUGUCCUCUCUUCCUUGUAAGCAAGGCCAUUGUUAGAUAUUUCAAGAGAAUAUAAUAUGUGUUGAUUGGCAUUUUAAAAGGCUUUCAUUUACUCUGUCUCCAGGUGUACAAUGUAUCAAGCUACAUAGCUAGUCAUCCUGGUGGGGAUUCCAUUCUUAAAAAUGUUGGAGGAGAUGCAACAGAAGGCUUCCACAACCAACCUGCACACAGAGUUGUUAAGAAUCACAUUGCUUCCUUGUUGCAAAAGUUUUAUGUGGGUCUCUUGGCACCAGAAAAGGAAAACUUUGAUAAUCAACCAUAGUCAAAAUGGUUGUUAAGGUAAUACACUUGGUGUGUCUCUUAGAUCACUGUCUGAUUGAAUACAUGGGUUGAACCAUUUCUGUCACAACCAUUUCUUAGUUACUGCGAUGAAAAGCUUCUUCUGCAUUCCUAAAGAGACUUGUUUGACCAAGGUAACUUGUGUAACACAGUUGAGUUUGAAUAAAUGGGUCAAACAACUUAUAAGCAAACUAGUAGCUAUAGGGAGAAGAAAAUACCCUUUACCAUGUAACAUCAGUCUGUAUAUUAUCCAUACUGUUCUCUUUCCUUAGUUGCUGACAAGGAGAAUUUGUUUCACAAUGUAGAGCUUUUGUAGUUGGUGAUCAUUUCUUUUAUUCCUGUGACCUGUGUGGGCAAGGGCCUGCUUCACUCAAACACAUUUAUUCAGCAUUCAAUUUAAUGACUCUUUAAUGCACAUGUGAAGAAUAAGUAACUUCCUAAGGAACAGAAAAAUGACUUUUGCAAAAAUGCACUAGUGUAUUAGACAAGAAUAAUAAGUGCAAAGAUACCACGAGACAAAAAACUUACCAAUUGCUAAGGGAAUAUACAAGACAUGAACAUUUGUAAGAAAGUUUACCUCAACACAAAAUAAGACACACAGGCAAAAAGGGCAUGAAAUAUGAUAUCAGAAGGGCUACAUAAUUGACAUAAAAUGCAAAAAUUAUGCUGUAGAAAUGAUAUGUGGAAAAACAAAAAAUAAAUUAAUGGUUGUGGAAAUAUGAGACAUAUUUGUGAGAAAUCAAAAAAUUACACAUGCACCACAACAUGACUGUAAUAUAUGAGUCAGAGGUGAUAUUAUAAGGAAGAUGAAAUUACAUACAAGUUACUUUUAGAGGUCAAAGACUUACUUGGACCUUUAACAGUAAGGGGUCAUGUUAACAAGUAAUUAGCAAACUUCCUUCUAGAAUUGAAUGAAGUUAGAAAAUCCAGGGAUUAUGUUUCAAGUGGUCAGAUUGUAAAUAUUCCUA